AUGCCGGAGAAGAAGAAGAAGAAGAGGUACGAAUUCGAGUACUGCGUGGUUUGCAAGCUGAAUCACGACCAAGGCCCGAGCCACAAGUACAUACCGAGCCAUACCAAGUCCCUCUCUACCUUCCUCUCUCGGUUCCAGGACAAGCUCUCCGACGUCCGCUUCUUUCUCAAAAACCCUACCCCUCUCCGCCCCGAACUCGCCUCUCGCAAUCGCCUCUGGUGCGUCUUCUGCGACACCGACAUUGACGACCUAGAUAGCUCCUUCGCUUGUGGUAAUGCAAUUAAUCACCUUGCAAGUGCGGAACAUCUGAAGAAUUUGAAGCAUUUUUUGUGGAAAUAUGGUGGAGGAAUGGAUCGCCUUGAUACAUUUAGAAUAUCGGAAGAUGACCUUGCUAUGUGGGAGAAGAAGUGCAAAUCAUUGAAGAAUGAAGCUGUGCCCUGUGGAGAAAAAUCUCGAGGACCAACGUUUGGACCUUCAAAUGAUAUCCAUAAUGAACUGAAAUAUGGAAUUAUAGAUACUUUUGAAAAUAAUAGUAAUUCAAGUUUUUCAAAUGGUGUUAUGCCUUUACUAUAUCAUACAAAUGAGCAUCAGGUAUCCCAUUCAGGACCCCCUCAAGUUACAAAUGUUGGCUGCUUUCCUCAAGACGUGGCUACCUCUUCUUUACACGGGGAAACAUGUUCUGUUAGCAGCAGUACCCAACAUUCUUUUAUUUCUAAUGGUAGAAACUGCUCAGCUGAUGGUUAUUUCAGUAAUGAAAGGAUGAGCGAGGUGUAUCAGCAUGAAAGAAUGACAAAAGGACUGAGCAGUUCUCCGGGUUUUCAGAAUCUCACACAAAUAUCUUCCACGGGUUCUAAAGAGGCUAGUGGAAAUGUGCAUUCUGGGGCACCUCCUCCUUGGCUUGAAGCAGAUGAAGAAAUUCAGUUUACUGUUCCACUGAAACCAGCUUCAGGUACCCGUAUCUCUCCAUCAAAUAAGUCGGGGAAGUCCAAGAAAUUGAACCCAAAACGAGUGGGAGCAGCUUGGGCAGAAAGAAGAAAGAGGGAGAUGGAGAUGGAGAAAAGAGGGGAGAUUGUCAAGAGUGACUGUGAUGCUAAUUGGCUCCCUAAUUUUGGUAGAGUGUGGCAAUCUGGUAGCCGAAAAGAGUCCAGAAAAGAAUUUGAGUUGGAGAAACAAAAAUUACCUAAGGUUGAAAGUGAAUUUGAGAUGCCAAUUAAGAUACAGCCUUAUGUCAGCAAACGGAUGGUGAGUUCCAUGUUCCCUCUUACUAUGUCAGUUUGUUGUAGAUUUCAAGAUUUUUAA